AUGUACGCCAAGGGUGACUUCAAAGCAUACGGAAAAGAAGAUGAGGGUCAGAAAUUCGAAGAAGUGACCACGUUCCGUCGUGGUGGUGGAUAUGAUAACUACGGUAAGAAGAAGUCCUAUGACGACUAUGAUACUCGUGGACACAUGAAGAAGUACGCUAACAAGGGUAUGCAAUCUAAAUUCGAUCUGUACGGAAGUGUGAAGGCUGACGGUAAAGCUGCCGCCAUGGGCAACAUGAAUGCCUAUGGAAUGUUCGGUUCCCAAGGUAAAUAUGAUCAACACGGCAAAACAAACGAUCAAGGCAAAUAUGAGGAAGGCGGCAAAUACAAUGCACACGGAGACUUCGGACUCUAUGGCAACCUGAAGGGUUAUGGUGGAUCAAGCGCGGCUCGCAAAUCUGAGGACUAUGGUAAAGCUGAACAAUACGGUGAAUACGGAAACCCAAGAUACAACACAUAUGAGAGGGAGACCCCAUAUGAUAAAUACAGUUACUAA